CCAUCACUUUCUCUUCAAUCAUCUCUCAAUAUCUCAUCAACGGUUAAUCUUUCUCUCUCCGCCAUGUCGACCACCGCUCAAACCAAGCCCAAGAAAACCGCCGCCGCAAAGAAGCCACUCUCUCAUCCUACUUUCGCAGAGAUGAUAACUGAAGCAAUCACAACCCUGAAAGAAAGAACCGGUUCAAGCCAAUACGCGAUAACAAAAUUCAUCGAAGAGCAACACAAGGAGUUACCUCCAACCUACCGCAAGCUUGUCCUCCUCCAACUCAAGAAAUCCGUUGCUUCCGGAAAGCUCGUCAAGGUGAAAAACUCAUUCAAACUCGCACCUGCGGCUGCCAAAACCGCUCCGGCCAAAACCACGGCUGCUACCAAGACCACUAAAGCUGUUGCUAAAGCUGCUGUGAAACCUAAAGUCAAGGCUGCUGUGAAGCCGAAAGCGAAAGCCGCUGCUAAGCCGAAAGCUGUUGUGAAGCCGAAGGCGAAGAGUGUGAAGGCUACACCGGUGAAGAAGGCGGUUGCCAAGAAGGUUGUGAAGAAGGCGAAGAGUGUUAAGAGUCCGGCGAAGAAGGUGAAGAGCGUUAAAACUCCGGUGAAGAAGGCGAAGAAGUGAGGGGUUAGGGUUUGUUUAGUUUGAUUGGGGUUUUUAGUUAUGUGUGUAAUUUUAUGGUUUAUUAUUGUUAUUGUUAUUGUUUGUUAGAGAGAUUAGAGCUGAAAAUUAGAGUGUUAGGAGGUUGUUGCUGUAAAUUGUUUAGGAGAAACACAUCUUGUGUUCUUUGUACUCGACGCCAUUCCUAAUGAACUGGGUUUACUGUUUUCAUCA